UCAACCAAGCAACCUGAAAGACCGCAAAACAAUUUUGUCAUUUUGUCAUCGAUGUGUGUCCUGCUGAUCUUUUAGGAUUUAAAUACACUAUUGUAUAAAUAAAUAAAUUGUGAUUUAAAAGAUUGACGUGGCUUUAUUAAGUUCAUAUCCUAUACAUCAAAUACAAAAAUUGUGUGAUAAGAUAGAAAUAAGUUCAAAUGAUCUUUUUAUUCAAUUGUAAUCAAUCUUGCCAUAAAAUAUCGAAUGACGUCAAAUUGUACUGUGGCCCUUUAAGGGGUGACAAAAAUUAGUCACCUGACCACGCGUCAUAUGAUCAGCCACUUCCGCGUUUGAUAGGGCCGGACCUCAUAAAGCCAUGAACAGUGAAAACUUCACACUGAGCGAGAAGAUGGUGUCGGCGUCGUACGUCCGACAAGCGAGUGAAGCUCGCCGCGGCCAUGAGCAGCUCGUCAGGCAACUGCUGGAGAAGGGGAAGUGUCCCGAGGAAGGCUGGAGCGAGGCCACCGUUGAGCUCUUCUUGAACGAACUGGCCGUCAUGGACAGUAACAACUUCCUGGGCAACUGCGGCGUGGGCGAGCGGGAAGGCCGUGUGGCAUCCAACAUGGUGGCCAGACGACAUUACAGGUUGAUCCAUGGCAUCGGUCGAUCAGGUGACAUCGCAGCCGUUCAGCCAAAAGCUGCCGGCUCCAGUCUGCUCAAUAAACUAACCAACUUGCUCGUGCUGGACAUUUUAAAGAUGGCAGGCGUAAGGAGCGUAAAGAGCUGCUUCGUGGUUCCCAUGGCAACCGGCAUGAGCCUGACUCUUUGCUUUCUGACCCUGCGCCAACGGCGACCGAAAGCCCGCUACAUCAUCUGGCCGCGCAUCGACCAGAAGUCCUGCUUCAAGGCCAUGAUCACAGCAGGCUUCGUGCCCGUCGUGGUGGAGAACGUGCUCGAGGGUGACGAGUUGCGGACGGACGUUGACGCGGUGGAACGGCAAAUCUGCGAGCUGGGAGCCGAAACCGUCUUGUGCGUUCAUUCCACGACGUCGUGCUUUGCGCCGCGAGUGCCUGACAGGCUGGAGGAGCUGGCCACCCUGUGCUCAAAAUAUGACAUCCCCCACAUUGUCAACAACGCGUAUGGCGUCCAAUCAUCCAAAUGCAUGCACCUCAUCCAACAGGGGGCUCGUGUUGGACGAAUCGACGCCUUUGUCCAAAGUUUGGACAAGAACUUCAUGGUCCCGGUUGGGGGCGCCGUGAUCGCCGGCUUUGACGAAGCCUUCGUACAGGAGAUUAGCAAGACUUACCCAGGCCGAGCAUCUGCCUCUCCUUCUCUGGACCUCCUCAUCACGCUCCUCACUCUGGGAAGCAGCGGCUAUAAGAAGCUCUUAGCAGACAGGAAGGAGAUCUACGCGCUCCUGGCCGAGGAACUGAAGAAGCUGGCUUCGGCGCACGGGGAACGAUUGCUUCACACCCCCCAUAACCCCAUUUCACUCGCCAUGUCGCUGGACGGGCUGCGGGCCGGCUGCGACCAGGCGCCGACUCAGCUGGGCGCCAUGCUGUUCACGCGCCAAGUUUCAGGAGCCAGGGUGGUACCGCUCGGCAAGGAGCAGAGCAUCGGCGGGCACACCUUUCGAGGGUUCAUGUCGCACUCCGAGUCCUACCCGUGCCCGUACCUCAACGCGGCGGCCGCCGUGGGCAUCACCCGCGACGAUGUGGCGCUCUGCGUCAAAAGGCUGGACAAGUGCCUCAAGACCCUGCGCAAAGAGGCAAAUUCGCUUCAAAAUAGUUCUCCGCUGCCAUCUCCAAAUUAAAUCCAAAGAUCGGCAAAUUUAGCUCUAUUUAUAUUUUUUAUGCUGUAAAAUCAUGGUAAAAUGGUGUGACACCUUCAUCUAUAACACAGGGAUUGUCACCCAGUGGUCCGCGGUCCUCUAGUGGUCUGUGGCGGUAUUGCAGGUGGUCCACGAAAUUGGAAACGGAAAAUAAUUGUAACAUUUUUAAAAAUAAAAAUUGAUUUAUUAUUUAGACUUGAUUUAUUUUCCAGCUAAUUUUGUGAAUCAUUUACCCAUCCAAACUAUGUCAGAUGUAGCUGACCUUCCCAAAAUGGACAUACAGAUGCAAAUAAAUAGCCUAUCCUCCUUCGGUCCAAAAGAAAAUAUUAUUCCGCCAAAGCAAUGGUCCCCGAGUUGCUUCUUGGUUAUGAUGGUGGUCCCUUGGACAAAACCAGUUGAAAACCCUUGAUCUAUAACAUCAAAUUCUACAUAAAGUGAAAAUAAAUGUCUUGCAAAUUUGAAAUC